AGAUAACCUAUUUUGAACUACAAUCAGUUAAAGCAUUCCUUCAAUUAAUUAGUUAUAAUGUCAGAUUUGUGUCCAGUUUAUGCUCCAUUUUUUGGUUCUAUCGGUUGUGCUUCUGCAAUCGUUUUCACUUGUUUCGGUGCCUCUUACGGUACUGCUAAGUCAGGUGUUGGUAUUUGUGCCACUUGUGUUACUAGACCAGAUUUAAUAGUUAGAAACGUUGUUCCAGUCGUUAUGGCUGGUAUUAUCGCCAUUUAUGGUUUAGUCGUUUCUGUCUUAGUUUCCGAUAGCUUGAAACAACAACAAGCAUUAUACACUGGUUUCAUCCAAUUAGGUGCCGGUUUAUCUGUCGGUUUAUCUGGUUUGGCCGCUGGUUUCGCCAUUGGUAUUGUUGGUGAUGCUGGUGUUAGAGGUACUGCUCAACAACCAAGAUUAUUCGUUGGUAUGAUUUUAAUCUUAAUUUUCGCCGAAGUCUUAGGUUUAUAUGGUCUUAUUGUUGCCUUAUUAUUAAACUCUAGAGCUACUCAAGAUGUUAUCUGUUAGAUUUUUUGAUGUUUUCCCUCUCUAGAGUGAUUCUCCAGGUUUUCAUAUUUUUGCUUGCAUAGAACCUUGGUUUCUUAAGUAUUCUUAGCUUUAUACUUAAGUUUAACAUCAUCCUAAGUUAUCUUUUCCUUUUUUUAUAUAUUUAAUUCAUUCCUAAACUUUUUAUUAAAAUCAAAAAAAUAAAGGCACUUUAAAGUGGACUUUUGUUAUUUUUAAUCUAUUUUAUAGAAGUAAUCAAGUAAAGCAAAAAAUCCUUGUUUUUUGUAUUUAUUUAUCUCUAUUUUACAUUAUAUUUUCCAGUUUUUAUUAUUCUUCUACAAUGUUUAUUUUCAAUAUAUAUAUGAACUUACAUUAAAU